AUGAGGCUACCUGAUUCUGAUAUCGAUUCUCAACUCUCCAUCUCUCCUGACUUCACUAUCUCCACCAUGCAGGCUGGUCCUUCUUCGCUAGGGCUUGAUGGACCAACGCAGUCAGCCACCAAUGGCCAUACCAUCACGGGUACUGUCACCACCAACGGCAGUGCGAGUCAUAACGGUCAGGUGCAGUCGAACGGCACCAGUAAUGGCCUUUCAAGCACAGUAUCGAACGGGGUGUCCCCAAAGCACGGAAAGGCGGUGGCCAGGGUGAAUUUACCAGGCACCCUGUUGUAUAACGAUAUGACUCUCGAUCGGGAGGAGUACGUGAGGCUGGUGAUACAGAGUCUACGGGAUGUAGGAUACACGUACUCGGCAGACACGCUCGAAGCAGAGUCGGGGUUCUCAAUGGAGGCUUCAGAUGUGACGCAUUUCAGGCAGUAUAUCCAGAACGGGGUGUGGGACAAGGCAGAAGUGGCUUUGACACGGUUAGGCGUCACAGACGCAGAUGGGCUUAUGGACGCAAAGUUUCUGAUCAAUCAGCAAAAGUAUCUGGAACUCCUCGAGGCGGAGAAGACGACAGAUGCUUUGCAUGUUCUACGCAAUGAACUCGCACCUUUGCAUGUCGAACCUGAUCAACUUCAUACUUUAUCAAGUCUGAUAAUGUGCUCGGAACCUGACGAUCUUCGACAACGAGCCGGUUGGGAUGGUGCCGAGGGCGCCUCCCGUACGCAUCUAUUAGACAAUCUACAACGAUAUAUCCCCUCUUCCGUCAUGAUUCCCCAACGUCGGUUUGCCACCCUCCUCCAACAAUCACGGUUAUAUCAACGUCAGCGAUGCGUGUACCAUAAUCUCCCCACAAACGCCGCGGACUUUUCACUAUACAGUGAUCACCAGUGUGAUAAGUCAGGCUUUCCGAGGGUCACCACGACCAUUCUCGACGUGCAUACUGACGAAGUAUGGCAUAUUGAAUGGAGUCACGAUGGCGCGUAUCUUGCGAGUGCCAGCAAAGACAGAUCGGCCAUCAUUUGGAAGAUCGGCCCUGAAACCGAACCGUCAAUACGACAAUGGGAUACGCACCAGGUCUUGCGCGAUCACCCGUACCCUGUAGGCUGUCUGGCGUGGUCCAUAGACGAUACUAUCCUCCUGACCAGUGCUGAGAAUAUCAUAAAGUUAUGGAAUGCCAAGACUGGGGUGUGCUUGAAAUCGCUCGAAAAGCAUUCAGAAACCGUAACAUCCUUAGCGUGGCUGCCGGAUGGCUCGGGGUUCCUUUCCGCUGCUCUGGAUCGGAGAAUCAUACAUUGGGACGCGGAUGGAAAAGAGCGGGACUCCUGGGGCACAACUGCCAUCCGGAUAACAAGUUUGGCCAUCACGCCUGACUUCACGCGAAUAGUGACUGUCGGAAUGGAUUACAUUUCUAAUACGCCUUCCGGAAGCUCUAGGGGAAGUAGUCGUCGUUCCGGGGAGUUUGCGACGACAAACCCGACCGGCAACGGUGGGAAUGCUCAUGGACCGGGGCAAAAUUCGGAUAACUGGCUUAUAACAUACGACUAUGCAACGAAGCAGGUAGAAUCAUCCGUGCGACUUGAAGGCGAAGUCACAAGUGUCAAGGUUUCCCAAAACUCGCAGUAUGCAUUGAUCAAUCAUGCGCCAGAUGAAAUCCGUCUCUGGGAUCUAAACCUUGGGCGCGUGGCACGCAAAUUUACUGGUCAACGACAAGGCCGACAUGUUAUCCGGAGUUGUUUCGGCGGGAUGGAUGGAAACUUUGUUGUCAGUGGGAGUGAAGAUGGCAAUGUGUACGUGUGGCAUCGUGAUACGGGGGCAUUACUAGAGGUCCUUCCUGGGCAUGGUGAGGGUAGUGUGAACUCCGUAGCAUGGAAUCCUCGGAACGAGCGUAUGUUUGCAUCUUGUUCGGAUGAUCAUACGAUUCGGAUAUGGGAGGCGCUAGGGUGUUGA